UUAAAAGCUCUUGAGUUGAGACCGAGAAGGAUGAGACGCGGCACGUUUACUGUAGCCGACAAUGCGUAAAGACUUAAAACAUGAACACGGAUCUAUUUUUAAAAGAGGGCAGCACCGUCGCUGUUAUCUGGUGGAGAUAUCCCAAUUUUUUGAAGGUUUGAAUUUAAGGUUGCCAGCGUAGAGAGGGUACAUUUGGAUAGAGGACUAGAACACGGCUUGAUCCACCGGCUGUGUGCAAAGUUGGGUUACUUUGGGUGACAGCUGAUGUCAUAAUUACGCUUGGUGUUUGAACUGAAAAGAUGGUCAAGACAUAAAGUUUGACAGGUGGUGUUUUAUAUCAAAGGAGAGAUUUGUUACUGGAGUGAUUUGUUUAUAUGACAAUUUAUUUAAAGAAACUAAGUUACGCUCCUUGUAAAAUCUUGGUGUAUGUGUGCAAUUUAACGGUAAUAAAGCCAUGGCGGAAUCGGUAAAGACCUUUCAAGCGCACCUGACAGCUGUCAUGGAUAGUUUGGUUCGCGCAUCAGUGUGCGAGAUCACCAAACUCUUCCAGGACACGGUGAACGACUAUCUGGUGGAAAUCUCUCUGAACAGGAAAGAAAACGAAGCCCUGAAAUUGAGGCUCAGACUAACUGAGAAUAAGCUGAGAAAUGAACGAAAAUACGGCAUGUGUUGGGCAGCCAGUCGGCGCGCUGCCGGUCUGCUUGGCACGGAGGACGCGUCGCGCAAGACGCGCAGGACGAAUCUCCAAAGAGGCAAGCAGGGGAAGGAGUGGAGUGGUGUUGCGUGGGAGGAGGGGACUGCAGGAGAGAGGGAUGAGAGGAGGGACCUGUUCCGUGUCCAUCUACCAACUGGAGGAGUAGGAGGGGGGGAGGAGGAAAGGAUACGUGCUUCUGGGGAGAGGAAGGAGGCGGCCAGCGUUAAAGAGGAGGUGGAGAGCUACAGACCUACUGACUCGUUGAGGCUGUUGCAAGAGGCUCUACAGAUGAACCAAAGCGAAACCAGCCCUCGCACAUCCAGUCCCACCCACGGUGAUGUGGGUCCCGCCUCUACUUGUCUUGAAUCUGCUCCCGUUGGAGUGUGGGCGGAACAGCCGCCUAUGUCCGAAGAGCAAAUAACCAGUGGAGAUGAGUUUAGUGGACUAGAGACUGCACUCAAAGCUGAACGUGAAAGGGAGGAGGCGGAGUCUGGCUUGGGGAGUCCCUCUCAAGAGGUGAGCGGAACCGGGGUUGCGUUCAUAGGACUAGACGGCCUGUGCAGCUCACAGCAGGGUGUGUCCUCCUCAUCGCAUAGAACUGACCCUCCUAACCUACAACUCCCAUUAGCCCCUGUGAACAAGAAAGAGGAAGAGGGGUCAGGAGGUGACUGUGGGGACAUCCUGCACUUUUGCUCCCGGUGCGGCUGUGGCUUCAAUUGCGCCUCUGACCUGGCAGAUCACUCGUGCCCCGGUGUAGAGGAGCGGCCGUAUCAAUGCUCUGUAUGCGGAAGAGCAUUCAGCCACGCCUGGAGCCUCAAGAGCCACGAAUGCGUUCAGGUGGGAGAACAGCCGCAUCGCUGCGAGCUUUGUGGUAAGCGGUUCACGCACUCACGGUCCCUCGAGCGCCACCAGCUGGUUCACACGGGCGAGCGCCCUCAUAGAUGCCCACAGUGCGGCCGCAGCUUCAGUCGUCUUGGCAACCUGGAGAGGCACCAGCGCAUCCACACGGGGGAACGGCCGUAUGAGUGCAGGGCGUGUGGGAAACGGUUCAGUCGAGUAGAGUACCUGAAACGACAUCAGCAGAUCCACGCCGGAGAACGAGCUGAGCGAAACUCUCAUCACUGCUCUCAAUGCAACCAGACAUUCAGCGACACGGAGCAGCUAAAGCAGCAUCAGUGUCCCUACAGCGUUUGAUGUUUUCAGUGCACAGACCUCAUUUAUGUAACAUCUUCCCCUUACAGAAAACUAGACCUCGCUAGUCAAACCAAAGGUUUUACAAGAGCUCCAGAAUACUCUCUCUGUUAAAAGGCUUGUUUGAUUAAGAAAUGAUAUCAUCAUUCACUCACAUUUCCAUUGCUUUUGUUCUUCAAUGAAACAUAUUGAAAAACUUUAAAGCACUGUUGACGUGGCUCUUUUUCCGUUUGUGAAAAUAAAUGGGGACUGAGGUUGUCCAUCAUUAUCGUUCUGCGGAUGAUAAGGAGUCCGGGGAAAUUAUGGUUGUUAAAAUGUUGCGGUUUUGAACUAUUCUUUUAAAACACCUUAGACCUUUACUGACUUCAAACAUGAAACCUUUAACAUUAAAAGCAAAGCACACUUAUGUCAUUUCAGUGAAAUUAGUAUUUCAAACCAGUGCUUGAAUGAACUUAAUAUUAUUAAUAUUUAUAAACUGUCUGCAAUAAUCUGUUAUGUAAUUUCUCCGAUGAUUUUUUAUUACCUACAUAACAGGAACAUCUGUUUCAACUCCCAAAAAUGUAUUUAUAUGAAUAACUUUAUUUUUGUUAAAUGUCAGGCAAUUUAAUUGGGUUUUUGUUUUAAUUUUUGUAUAGUGUUAAGACAUUUUGUUUUUUGUUUCGUCUCGUCUUUGAAAUGUUUAUUCAUACGUUCUUCUAAGUUAUUACUGUAUUUUAGACUUAACAUGUUGCUUUUGAUUUCUCACUUAACGGA